AAAGAGGGAGGCACUUUUGUCAGCGGUGAGUCAGCUGUGAAUGCUCAAGUGUUUGCAUGUUCAGAUAGAUACAUAAAGAAAGGAUCUUAUUUUUCUGUACUGCUGAGUUCUGUAGGAGAUUUCCUCUCACAGUUCCGAUUUGCUGAUGAGAAAGAAUGGGAUAGAGAAAGCAUGUGCCAUAAGCAGUUAUCUGCACUUUCUGUUGACUGCCAGUCUUUGGCCCAGGCCCUUCAGGAAUUACCUUUACAUCUGAGGUUGAAUGUAACUGCUGAACUUGUGCAGGCAUCAACACCUGAAGAGCUCCCACAAAUGAAAUCUAAAAUUAUCAAAGAUGGCAAGAAGACAGAGCUUCUGUUCCGACAGGCUCCAGCUCAAAGUGAAACAGUGUUGGUGUCCCAUGCCACUUGUGAUUCUGAUGCUUCCUCAGAGCCUGGAAGUAAAAAUGGUCCUAGGACAAGUGCAGCAGAACCAUUUCAGAGAGGUCAUCCACUAUCAAAGCAAGAGAGUGACCGUUUGGAUGAAGAACUAGAUCUUCUCUUGAAUCUAGAUGCCUCCAUUAGUAAAGAAAACAUACCUGUGUCAGAAGCAUUAUCCUACAACAUAUCAACUGAGAAAGAUUUGAAAAUGGAUUGUAAGGAAAAGGACCCUUUAAAACUAGAUAGGCCUAAAGAGAAGAGUACAGCAUCCCAACAACAACAAAGUACAUCUAAAACUGUUACUGAGGAAGAGCUUGAAGAGUGGCUGGACAGCAUGAUUUCCUGA